AUGACAGAACUACAAGUUCUUCCCCCCGGCGCCGGCUAUGGCAUCGUCAUCGGCAUCGGCGGCGUCUUCGCCCUCUUCAUGCUCGGCCUCACCUGGCUGCAAAACCGUUACACAGCCUUCUCUACCCACCAGUCCGAAGAGUUCAACACAGCCUCUCGCUCUAUCAAACCUGGCCUGAUCUCCGCCGGCAUCGUCUCCUCCUGGACCUGGUCCGCUACGCUCCUCACCAGCUCCACCUUCGCAUACACGUACGGCGUCUGCGGCCCCAUGUGGUACGGCGCCGUGGGCACCCUCCAGAUCCUCCUGUUCAGUCUCAUCGCCAUCAAGAUCAAAGCCCAUGCCCCCGGCGCACACACCAUGCCCGAGAUCGUGCGCGCCCGCCACGGCACCGCCGCACACCUGACGUACCUCUACAACGGCCUCGCGACGAACAUGCUCGUCGGCGCGUGUCUGGUGCUCGGCGGAGCGCAGGUCGUCGCGGCCAUGACGGGCAUGAACGUCUACGCGGCUACGUUCUUGAUCCCCGCCGUGGUGGUGGCGUACGUGAUUGCCGGUGGGCUGCGGUCGACCUUCAUCGCGGACUACACGCACACGGUGAUUCUGCUCGUGGCCAUCCUGGUGUUUGGGCUCAGCGUCGCGGCGUCGAGUGACUUGGUCGGGAGUCCGCGGAAGCUGUAUGAGUUGCUGCAGCAGGCGUCGCGGGAGAUGCCGAUUGAGCGCAACACGGAGGGGUCGUACCUCGCCUUCCGCUCCGUUGGGGGGCUGAUCUUCGCGGUGGAUAUCUUCGUUGCCGGGUUUACAACGGUCUGGCUGGAUCAGGCGUACUGGCAGCGGGCCAUUGCCUCGCGGCCUGAGACGUCGGUUAAGGCGUAUCUUCUGGGGGGUAUUGCGUGGUAUGGAAUCCCCUUCGGCUUCGCAACAGCCAUGGGCCUCGGCUGCGCAGCACUCACCAACAACCCAGCCUUUCCGACAUACCCGCACCCGCUAUCCCCGGAACAAGUCGCAGCCGGUCUGUCGGCGCCCGCCACGGCCAUCACGCUGCUUGGGAAAGGCGGCGCCGUUCUCAUGCUCAUCCUUCUCUUCAUGGCCGUCACGAGCUCCACCUCCGCCGAGCUCAUCGCCGUGUCCUCCCUGCUCACCUUCGACGUCUACAAGACGUAUUUCCGCCCGCACACGGACUCAGCCACUCUCGUGCGCGUCAGCCACUGGGCUAUCGUGCUGUACGCCGUGCUCCUCGCGGCUUUCUGCAGCGUGCUCAACGCCGUGGGACUCAGUCUGACGUGGGUACUGACCGUGCUCGGGGUGAUCGUCGGCGGGGCAGCGAUGCCGGCGGGUCUGGUCCUGCUCUGGGGCCGGAUGUCGACAGUUGCUGCGGUCGUGGCGCCGUGGAUCGGGUUUGUCUGUGGCGUAGUGGUGUGGUUCGUCACGUCGUCUUUGCGCUCGGGGGCGAUUAACGUCGAGACGACGGGGGACGUGACGAAUGCGAUGGCGGGGAAUCUGGCCUCGUUCGGUACCGGUGCCAUCUCCGCUGUGGUGCUGAGCCUGAUCUUCCCGAAGAAGUCCCCGUCGGCCGAGGCGGCCGAGGUGUUUCCACGGGUGGACGGGGCGGUGGUGGUGGUGGUGAACCCGCCGGAGAGCGAGACGUCGUCGCGGAAGGACGACGAGGACCAGAAAGAGGUACCGCAUCCUGCAGCGCACGAGGCGACGCAGGCCGCCGAGUCUGGCAACAUCGAGCUCAUGGAUCCUAAGGUGGUGCGCAAGGCGGAGCGCUUGGCGCAGGGGGCGAAUCUCGUCUUCAUCCUCGUCGCCGUGGUCCUGGUGCCCUUCACUCUCUUCGGGUCAAGUUAUGUGUACAGCGAGCGUUUUUUCACCGGCUGGGUGGUUGUCUCGCUCGUCUGGAUCUGGGCCAGUGUGAUCAUCUGCGUGGUGUGGCCGGUAGUGGAGAGUGCUGGGGCACUCGGCAACAUCUCAGGAGGACUGUGGAUGGAUAUGAGGGCGUUGAUGGGGGUACGGAAAAAGAAUCUACAACAGGGCCCUGCUUAG